UUAUGCUCUUCACGCGCCGGCGACAACUCAAGAGAAUAAGCAGAACGGAAGUAGAACAAUCGCAAUGUACGAGCUUCAUAAUUGCCUACGGUCCGUUUUCUUUGCCACACUCAUUCCCGGAACGAUCCUACUUAGUUGGCUAACUGGUCUAGUGGGUCUGCGAUCUCUGCAAGCAUGUCUGCUGAUCUUCUUCCUGAUCUUCGUGGCCCUGCCUCUGAUAUUUCGGUACUCCGUGACAUUUCAACGCGGCAUUCUGUUCCUCACAUUCAUUAAGUACCCCAAAGGACUGGAUCUCACGAAGCCAGAGAGCGUUGGACUGUAUGCCACACGGAACUUUUACAUCACCGUCAAGGAUCACGAUCAGGACGAGGAUGGAGUGCGCGUUGGAGUGUGGCAUGUCCUGCCCAGCAAUGCAGUGCGUCGCUUUAAGCGCGAACUCCGCGUGGAGGAGGAAGUGGCUCACGAUCUGGACCAGCAGUUGGAGCACUCACCUGGCAACGAACAGGAGCUAAAGGAACUGGCGCCAGUGAUACGCUCUGAAUUUCCCCAAGUGCGGCCGGAAAACGAGCAGCUCUUCUACGAGCGAUUGCUGCGAAUGCCAGGAGGCACUGUGGUCCUCUAUCUCCAUGGAAACACAGCCAGUCGAGGCAGUGGCCACCGAUCGGAGGUGUACAAGCUGCUGCGGAAGCUCAACUACCAUGUGUUCUCCUUCGACUACAGGGGCUAUGCGGACUCGGAUCCUGUGCCUCCGACGGAGGAAGGCGUUGUGCGCGACGCGAUGAUGGUGUUUGAGUAUAUAGCCAACACCACCUCGAAUCCAAUCGUGGUCUGGGGUCACUCCUUGGGCACCGGAGUAGCCACGCAUCUGUGUGCUAAGCUGGCCAGUUUGAGGGAACGGGCUCCCAGGGGAGUGAUCCUCGAGAGCCCGUUCACCAACAUCCGGGACGAGAUACGCAUGCAUCCGUUCGCCAAGCUCUUCAAGAACCUGCCCUGGUUCGAUUUCACCAUCUCGAGGCCCAUGUACAGCAAUAUGCUGCGGUUCGAGUCGGAUGUCCAUGUCCAGGAGUUCCACCAGCCCAUAAUGAUCAUCCAUGCCGAGGACGACGUGGUGGUGCCGUUCCACCUGGGCUACCGGCUGUACAGGAUUGCCCUGGACGGCAGAAGUCGUGCCUGGGGACCCGUGGAGUUCCAUCGCUUCAAGGCCAGCCUAAAGUACGGACACAAAUACCUCUGCCGAGCACCGGAAUUGCCGGGACUGAUCCAAACGUUUGUGGAAAACUACCGCAAUUCCGUCUACUAGACGCUAUCAUCGGGACAUUAGUUUACGUAUAAGACUAUUAUUCUAAUUUAAUUUUUUACCGCCAUCACUGACACGUUCCAAAAUUUCCGCCCUGUGCAAGCAAAUUAAAGCAGUCGAGAGAUACGGACAAA